AUGCGUGGCGCCAUCGUCUUCGGCGGGUCGUCGCACCCCAAGCUGGUCGACGGUGUGUGCGACCGGUUGGGCAUGAAGCCUGGUUCUGCGACGCUGGGCAAGUUCAAGAAUGGAGAGACGUCUGUCACGAUCCACACUUCGAUCCGAAACAAAGAUGUCUUCAUCAUUCAGAGCGGUAGCGAGAAGAUCAACGAUUCAGUCAUGGAGCUGCUCAUCAUGAUUUCUGCCUGUAAAGGUGGCUCUGCAAAGUCGGUCACAGCGGUCAUGCCAUACUUCCCCUACUCGCGCCAGUCGAAGAAGAAGCAGCACCGCGGGGCUAUCACUGCUCGUAUGGUUGCAAACCUCCUCCACAUCGCCGGCGUAAACCAUGUCAUCACCGUCGAUCUCCAUGCUUCCCAGAUGCAGGGCUUCUUCAAAUGUCCUGUCGACAACCUCGUCGCCGAACCCCUCCUCGCUCGCUGGGUUCGCAUGAACGUACCAGACUGGAGAGAAGCCGUGGUAGUUAGCAAGAACCCAGGUGGAACAAAGCGAGUGACAUCACUAGCAGAUGCCAUGAAGCUCAGCUUUGGCAUCGUCACAACAGACAGGCGAAGGGCAGGUGGAGGCAGACCAUGGAACGAGAGCGCUAUGUUCGAGCAGCUGAGGCUUGAUGGUCCCUCGGACUCUCGUGAAUUGGUUGAGGCGGCUCUUGACGCAGACGCAGAGCUCACACCAAUCAGCAAGAUCUCUUUCGACCCGAAGUCCGAUGUUGGCAAGCCCAAAGCCAGGACGGGGCGUACGCCAUCAAAUCCGCUAUCACGACGAGCGAACGGAAUCGCCGGCGAACACCCUCUUUCCAAGUCCAUGCGGGCGAGUUCGAUUGUCGAGCCGGAAGUACCUCUGGAGCCUGUGCGGACGGAGGCUUCAAACCAGUCGGAAGAGGCAGACGGCGAACAAAGCCAGGACGAGAGCGGGAUGGAUGACGAAGAGUACACGGAUGAGCGUGCACGAAACGUUAUACACGGACGACUAGUACAAGGUCAUAUUGUCGACGACACACAUCCCUCGCCGUCCAUGUCUGCAACAUCACAUACCACAUCCUGGCGCAACCGCCCCCCUUCCGAGGGCGAGAACGACGAUAUUCCCCCACACAUGAUGAAUUCGUUCAUGUCAACCACCUCAUCGAGGAGGGAAAACCAAGACAGCGAGCAUGCCCACGCCCUUGGUGGAACAUACGAUGCAGCAGCGUCCUCGGAAGACGAAGAAGAGGACCUCCAGAAUCCCGAAAUCGAGACUAUGGUCACACUCGUCGGCAAUGUCAAAGACCGGCCAGUCUUCAUUGUCGACGACAUGAUGGAUAAGUCAGCUUCGUGGAUCGCUGCGGCCGAGACUGUCGUUAAACGUGGCGGUGCCACGAAAGUAUACUGCAUGGCCACGCACGGUCUGUUUGGCGGCGACUGUCUGGAGGAGAUGAACAACUGCGAGUGUAUUGAGAAGAUCAUCAUAACAAAUGCCUUCCCUAUUCCAGAGCGUAAAAGGGAGCAGGCAGGCGAAAAGCUGGUCAUUCUGAAUGUCGAUAAUCUGCUUGCAGAGUCCAUUCGGAGGAACCACCACGGAGAGAGCAUGUCGCAGCUUUUCAUGCACUACGACUGA